CCACCCAAAGUGUGACUGAUGUACCAAUGAAAGUCACCGGGGAUGUUAAGGUUUCUUCCACUCAAGAUGACUUAAAGAGAUCAAAUAAUACUGAUUCGAGGCUCUCACAAGUCCACAUCUCCAAACCAGAAACAACUUUCCUUACAGCUCGAUAUCCUAUCACUGUUGACAUUCAGCCACUAGCCAGUGAAAGAGUGGAACCUUGGCCUCAGGCAUCAUCUGUGAAGAAGCUGGUUUUGAAUUCCAAACUGUUUCACAGACGCAUUUCAUUAGAUGAAGCGAAAAACAGCACCCAGAGCCUUCUUCUGCACCAUGAAACAACUCACCAAGGGGCAGCCCAAAUCUUAUCACACUAUAAGAUUCAUGCCCAGUCACUUGCUAGAAGAAAUGUUUCCACUGAACAGAAAUUAAAUACAAGGCCACAUGCUGAUUUGCAGACUCAUACCUCAUUUGAUGGACAGUCUUUUGGGAAAAAGUCUCUUGGGACUUCACACACUAGAUCUGCUCUUGCUUUUAAAGCAGGCCGCCCAGGUACUUCUGUUUUAGCAACACCAUUGGCCACCUCAUCCCAUCUGAAAGCUACUUUUUCUGGUAUAACCCCACAAGGCCCCAUCCGCCCAGCAGGGGCUUCUACAAAAACAAGGGUUCCAGUAUGGACAUCUUUGGGCAGAAAGCCUCAUGCCUCCCCAGCUAAUCAUUUGGGCCUUUCCACACCAAUUGAUAGGCUGCUACUUGAGAAGAAAGUCACCUGUGCAGAUACACCAUGUUUCAGUGGUGUGCUUUGUGAGCCAACAAAGGACAGAAAAUUCAGAUGUGGACCCUGUCCAUUUGGAUACAGCGGUGAUGGAAUUGAAUGUCAAGCAUUUUGUGAUCCCUCAUGUGAGAAUGGAGGAACAUGCAUCACUCCAAAUAUCUGUUCCUGUGUUUAUGGAUUUGUGGGUCCUAGAUGUGAAACAUUGGUAUGUAAUCGGCAUUGUCACAAUGGUGGGAAAUGCAUUGCACCGGAUGAAUGUGAAUGCAAACCUGGAUGGAGCAGCCCUUUGUGUGAGACAGCUGUUUGCAAUCCGGUUUGCCUAAAUGGUGGGACCUGCAUUCGGCCGAAUACGUGUGCUUGUCCUCGUGGUUUCUUUGGACCUCAGUGUCAAUUCGCUUUCUGCAAUCCUCCUUGUAAAAACAAUGGACAGUGUAUGAGAAACAACGUGUGCUCCUGCAUGGAAGGUUAUGUUGGAAGAAGGUGUCAGAAAAGUGUCUGUGAUCCUAUGUGUAUGAAUGGAGGAAGAUGCAUCAGCCCCGACAUUUGCGACUGCCCAUCUGGCUGGAAAGGAAAGCGCUGCAGUAAACCUGUUUGCUUGCCCAGCUGCUCAAAUGGUGGGGAAUGUAUCGGACCUAAUGUCUGCCAGUGCGCGGCAGGAUGGGUGGGUCUCCUGUGCCAGAUUCCUGUUUGCGAGCCGAAAUGCCAGUUUGGAGGGAGAUGUGUCAAGCCAAAUGUUUGUGCCUGUAGAAGUGGCCAUGGUGGUUCAAACUGUGGAAAGAAGCUCCCCAUAGGAUGAAGAAAACAGCAGAAGGACAAUGAAGACAUUCAUUUUGAUGCCGAAAUGCUAAGACUCCCUCCUUUCUUUUAGAGUUGGCAGACAAUGCACUAUAGAAACAUAGCUAAAUUUCUCCCUCCUGCCUCCACUCAUGGCAAGCAUUAAGUCAUGUUGAGAAAUUACUGAUUCCAGAACAUACUCGAACAGCUUUAGCUAGUUGCCUGUGUCACAUUAGGUGACACCAUUCUCAAUCUCAAUAUAUAUAUAUAUAUAUUGCAGCAUAGUACCGAUACCUCAGUUACUCACUGACUGCAAGUGCCUAUUUCAACUGUGACUUGCAGAGUGUUUUAGAAAGGCUGUCGCUUUCUGCUAACUUUGGGUUCUAUAGAGAAGCCAACAUUGAGGAUGUUGGGGUGUACCCUAAUCCAUUCUUCUUGUUCUUCUUGUUUGCUCUGGCCUGCAUUGCACACCUCCUGAAUUCAAGUUUUACCUGUAAAAUUUCUACAAUUAACUCCAGAACAAGAGCAUGCACCAAUUCUCUUCAGUUUUACAAAAGAAAGCAGGUGAGAUUGAAGUGAGUAGGAGACACACAUGUAGGCCCCACCUCCAGCAUCCCCACAUACACCAGUGGGGAGGAAUGGGGAAGAAAUUCAAAUUCAUUCAAUACAUAUACAUUUAAAACAGACUCCAUCAAAUUCACAUUUUCCAAAACAAUAUGGGACCUGAAGCACAGGUACCCUUAAAAUUCACACUUAUCUGAACUUUGCAAUGCAGUUCUCCUACCAAACAAUGUUUACAAAAAUGCAUAU